AUGUAUCGAUUUCUUGUUUUUGCACUCUCAAUAAUAGUCUACUCGCAAGGGCUUGAGAAAUAUAACUUAAUACCUGUUACCGCACCUAUAUUGCAAGACGAAUUGUUUAAAGCCAGGCUUUAUCAUGAAAUUUGGACGACAGUGCAUUUUGUUGACAUGAAUGACCUGGUACAUAGUGCAAAACAGCUGAAUAUAAAUAUACAAGAUCUUCAAUAUAAAUGUUCCCUAUAUGACUAUUGCAUUCAUGCCCAAUCUUUGAAUUCAAUACGUAACAAAUUUAAGAAAAUUCAACGUGAAAUCUAUUCAUUACUUUCAUUAAGUCACGAGAAGAGAGAAAAAAGAGGGUUAUUUGAUAUAGUUGGCACCGUGCAACAUUAUUUAUUUGGUACUAUGUCAGCAGAUGAUGCUGAGAGAAUCAAUCGAGAUAUAGAUGCUGUAUAUAAUAGAACAGGACGCAUAGCAAUACUUGUAAAUAAUCAAACAGCGAUUAUGCAAAGUACUCUCCGGAAAUUUGUUAAUCUUACUGAUUACUAUGAAAAAAAUUUGAGAACACUGAAUUAUACAAUGCAACUUUUUUUUCAAAGUACUUUCAGAGUGGCCUUUAAUAACGAUAUGCUGGAAUGUAUAUAUGAUCUAAAUAUACACAUGGAGGACUUAACAGAAAACAUUGAUUUAGUUUAUGACUUAAAUGGAAAAUUGGGGAUUGUGUCUCCAAGAUUAAUAUCUCCAAGAAAUUUCAUGUCCGCUCUGAAUACUAUUUAUAAAAAUUUGUUUUACCUAUAAUUACCAUUUCCGUUAAGAGAAAAUUAUUACAUGUUCUACAUGAAACUAAGUAAGAUUAAUGUUAUUAUUUCUGGUACUCGACUCAUAUAUGUAAUUCAUACACCAAUACCAACUGGUGCUGAUUAUACUGUGUAUAAAUUUACACCAAUACCCAUGUCAGGAUGGACACAAUAUUACAUAUUUGACAGCAUUAAAAAUGAGCCUAUUGCUAUUGACUCGACAUUCACAGAGUAUACAGUACUCGACUUAAAUAAUUGUAUUUCUGUUAAUGAUAUUCAAGUAUGCGAAAUAACAUCCGUCAUGCAUAGAUUUGGUAAUGAUGAAAGUUGCUAUGAUCGUUUAAUAAGAUAUAAAAACGAUAAAGGGUGUUCUAGAAAAUAUUUUAAUUUACAAUCUGAAUUUGUAUUAGCAUUAAAUGACGGUUUUAGUUGGUAUAUUUUAUCGGGCAACACGUCAGAAAAUAUAAUGAUAAAUUGUGGCAUGUCUUCGAGUAUAACAAUAUCUGUUACUAAAUCUCAUAUAUUCCAACUUGAAUCUAAUUGUAGAGGUUACUCUCAGCAUCAUAAAUAUUUACCUAGAAGUCAUGGUAACAAAAUAAAAAUUUCUGAAUAUAAAAUAAACAUAGAUGUUCUACCGAUUGAAAAGAUCGCUCUGAAUACAUCAGACCUAAAACUUCCUGUACUUACAUCUAAGUCCAUUGACAUGUCUGAUAUAUUACAUUCUGCAAAAAAUAUAGAAGAUGUCACGAAAGAACUGGAAAUCUAUACAUCAAAUCGGCACUAUAGCACAUGGUUAAGUACUGGUCACAGUACUUUUCAUUAUACUAUGUAUGCUAUUGCCACAAUUGCAAUACUUUGUAUUUUAUUUAAACUUCGAGUAUUCCAUUGUAUUUGUAAAAAUUGUGUAUGUGCUUCUAAAGAGUGCGUACUCAGAUUAUGUCCAAAUUGUCUUGCAUUCUGUGAAAGAUUUAUCGAAACUCCGGCAGAAUUGUCCACCCAAAGAGAGGGAGAUAAUGUAACUACCGCCCGAUCCGAAAAUGUUCAAUCAGUAGUUCGCUAUAAUCAAGUUAGUCUACCAUCCUCAGAGAAUAACAAUUAA